GAAACAUAUUACAGUUGUAUACAGUGGGUGCGACAAUUUGUGUCGCGUUCUGUUAAAGUUAAAAAAUGUAUUGCACACGUUGGAAUAUUUCGAGUGUGUGACACGUCAAGCAUGAGAAAUAUGUUUAUUUAAGUAUGAACGUCUGUCUUAAUAAUGUGGGAGUAAGCUUGGCCAGGCUGUAUUUUUAAGGUUAUAAGAAGUGUGUGCUCUCUUUCGAUUUCUCAACAAUUAGUGUGAUAUGACAACAAUGGUUUCGCUAACAAAAAUUACGUUCGUCGUAGCCUUUUACGCUUUUUCAGCAAUUUUUAUGCAUACUACUGCAUCUCGUGUCCUUGAAUUAAGUGACAGAUUUUUGGAAAUUCAUAAAGAUGGACAAUGGCUUGUGAUGAUGUAUGCACCAUGGUGUGCACAUUGCAGAAGAUUAGAACCAAUAUGGUCUCAUGUAGCGCAACACUUGCAUGCUACAUCAAUACGUGUUGGUCGUGUUGAUUGUACACGAUUUACAAAUGUUGCACAUACGUUCAAGAUAAAAGGCUUUCCUACGAUAUUGUUUUUAAAAGGAGAUAAUGAAUUUAUAUACCAUGGAGAUAGAACAAGAGAUGAGAUAGUUAAAUUUGCAUUGAGACUAAGUGGUCCUCCUGUACAAGAAAUUACUAAAAGCCAAAGCUUUGAUACCAUUAAGAAAGAACGUGAUCUUUACUUUUUAUACGUUGGAGAAAGAUCAGGACCAUUAUGGGAGUUAUAUCACAAGACUGCAGAUGUGUUCCAACCUCAUGCAUUUUUUUAUCAAUCUCAUCCAAACGUCGUUAACAGGCAUGCACCAGUUGAAAAUACUCCAGCAUUAUUUGUAUAUAAAGAAAAUUUACAUUAUAAUUUUACCGGUCACAAUAUGACCAAUAUAGAGAAGUUAAACGAAACUUUAUACAAGUGGAUCAAUGCAGAACGUUUCCCAACGUUUCCAAAAGUAACAAGAGGAAACAUCAAUCAACUUUUCUUGACAAAUAAGAAUUUGGUUUUAGCAGUUGUAGAGGAGAAUCAAUUAGAAGAGGUCUCACCUCGUAUGAUUGAAUUUCGAGACAUGGUUGAAUCUGUGAUUAAAAGGAAACGGGAGAAAUAUCACGACCAUUUUCAAUUUGGUUGGAUAGCUAGUCCUGAUCUAGUCAACAGUAUAGCUAUGAUGGUUUUACCGUUGCCAAGCCUAAUUGUUAUUAACACUACUACAAAUCAUCACCACAUUCCAGAGGAUGAAACUGAAAAGUUGACGCCUCAUGUGAUAGAAUUGUUCCUAGAGCAAAUUCGUAAUGAAAGUGCUCCGCGAUAUGGCGGAAAUAGUUUAUUAGUACGCAUAUAUAGAUCAUGGUUUGAGUUGAAAACAACACUUACUGCUAUGUGGAUGGGUAAUCCUAUUUUAACGAUGGUAUUAUUUGGCUUGCCAGCUGGUUUUCUUUCAUUAAUUUGUUACGGCAUUUGUUGUCCGGAUAUUUUAGAUGCCGAUGAUGAAGAGGAAGAACAUGCUGGAGGAAGCCAUAUGAAAAAAGAUUAAGAAUUACCAAAAAUGUGUGUCCUA